AUGACCGAAGUAAAGGGCAAUCAGCGUAAUGAAGUUGACGAAUUCCUAUCUAGCUUGUCCCAAUUGUCACAGGAGAGGCUAAGAGAAGAUCGGCAAAGACAACGAGAUUUGCAGAGAGAAAUCGACGAAUUAAAGUCACGGCUGAAUAGCACAUCGCCAGCUAAAUACCACAGUUCAAGUUUCAACAGUUCCAAACCAAGUGCACGGUAUACUGCCACCGCUCCUCCAGACUUGAAAUUCAACAGACUGGGAAAAGUCAAUCGACUACUGGAGCAACAACAACAACAACAAGAGGAAGAAGAUGCACCGAAGUUGCCUCGGAGAAGACAACAGGCUGAAGAAGAGAAAGAAGCGUCUCCCAGGCUACCCGACCGUAAAUCUGCAGCCCAAGCAAAGACGCCUCCAAGGCUCCCUGCGAGAAAGUAUAAACCGGACCCCGAGGAGUUUUCGGUGGGGUUAUUCCAACCAGCGGCUAGAAAACCACUGCCUCCUCCUACAGUAAGCGCAGUCAAACCCACAACGAGCCGACCACAGGUUAUCAAAGGCGAUGCAGAACUCGGUGGGAACUCAUUCAGUGCAAUGGAAAGGCAAAUCAAGAGUGGACUGACUAGCAAAGGAGCACUCUGGGAGUUUGACAAAGAACAACAGCAGCAUCAACAAAAGCAACAAAUACGUCCCACUACUGCGACGAAACCAGACUGGCUUUCGUCAUUAGCAGCGGCAAAAAACACCCAAUCCACACCGCAAGCAGCCAAGACUCAAAAUGUGAAAAUCUCACCACCAAAAUCCAAACGUACGAGCUGGAUCGAUAGCGUCGUGAGCAAAUCUCCCGAGUCCAAGUCCAACAAAUCUCCAUUCCCGCCUGUCAAGCCAAACAAGCCUUUGCAAAGCACACUUGCAACAAACGAAGAGCACAAGAAGGAAAAGGAGAAGGAGAAGCAGAAGCCCCAGUUACGGCUGUUGCUGCUGCUGAAUGGAAAACCUGAGCCGGAAUUUUUAUCAGUUUUCCAAAAAUUGAAACGCGAAGAAGGUACGGAUGAUUCCACAUCAAGAAAAGCUCCACCACCAGCAUUGAAGCCGAAGCCAAAACCAAGUGUUGAAAAUGCACAAAAUGCCGAAUUAUUGGAGUUUCAGAAUAAAUUCAACUCCAUCGGCAAAUCCAAGCCCACGGUGCCCGUGAAACCGAAAGCUGCCACUUUGGAUUUGAAACAUUAUGAAGAUGCCGAUACUGCUCAAUUGCGGUCAAAGUUACUGACAAUGUCGGUUGGUAAACCUAGUUUCAAACCCAAACUUAAACCCAGUGCUAAAGUCGAGGAGGAACAUGACGCGGCCAAAGUUCUUUCUCAGCUUCGCAAGGUGCCUCCAAGCAAACCUGAAAAGAAACCAUUUUCUGCAAACGACAGCAACCAUAAGAAGAAGAAGGACCAGGAAAAAGAAGAAGCUGAUGAUAAUCAAGAGCUGGUGAGCACAUUUGCAUCAAAGAAAGCUGUCGCUCCGAAACCACCGCCAAAAAUGGUCAAAAGAGUCAAUGCUGAGUCUUUUGUUUCCGCAAAUGACAAAGCGAAGAUACCAGCCGCUAUCGACAAGCCCGUGGAGACAAUCAUGGAAAACAGUAGCGUGGAGCUAUCAUUCGAGCAAAGAUUAGGAUCAAUCUUAUCCAAAGCGAAAACGUUCCCGCAAGCAGAAACACGUGCAAAUUUUUCUUCACCACGCCCACAAGUGAAACAUGGUUUGCCUCGCGCGAGAACUGUAUCCGGUGAUGACAAAAUUAAAGAGUCAAAGUUGGAGCACACGACUAAAUGCAGAGCCAAGGGGCCCAAGCGUAAAUUGCCCAAGACUUUGCAAGGCGCCAAAGAUGGACCCGCCGCGGCCACAACAACAGCAACAGCGACAAGAGAACGCACUCGUAUAUUACCAUCAAAGAACUUACAGAAAGAGACAGAUCCUACGGAUAAAACCACCAUUGAAGAAGAUGAAAGCGCAGAUGGUUUCCCAAUAGUCAAAAAGUCCCCGCCGAUUAAACAAAAACCCAAGACAAUCAAUGUUAAACCUCGGGUGAUAAGUGGAGAUUUAUUCAUUUAA